AGAACAGAACCAACACAGAGAAAUUAAGAAAACAAACAAAUAAACUCAAACGUCACAUUGGUCUUAUUCAGUGGAAAAUACACGCCAAAACCAAUAACCAAUUUCUUUCUUUCUUCACUUUCUAGAUCUAUAAAUCUCUUUUCUUUUCAUUUCCAUGAAUUUCAGUUCCCCAAUUAAUUUCUAGAUUUCUUUCUUCAAUCAAUAUUAGUUUUGCUUUCUUAGUUUUAGGUUUUUUUUUUUCCUUUAUACUGUUGGAGAACUUGAUUAUGUCUUGAAAAAAAUGUGAAUUUGAAAAGUUGGGACUCCGUCAAAGUAUAAAAAGGUAGUUUCUUGGAGAAGAUGAAGAAGCAAUUGACAGGUUUAAGGGGUGAUUCUCACCUUCACUCGGCUAUUCGAGUUGGGAAUUUGGAGUUGGUGUUGGAAAUUAUCUCUGAGAAUCAAGGUGAAGAAUUGAAGGAGUUGUUUUCAAUGAGAAAUAACUCUAGUGAAACUGCCUUGUAUAUUGCUGCUGAAAAUGGUCAUCUUGAUAUAGUCAAGGAAUUGAUCAAAUAUCAUGAUAUUGGGUUGGCUAGCUUGAAAGCUAGAAAUGGAUUUGAUGCUUUUCAUGUUGCUGCUAAAAAUGGAAAUUUGGAGAUAUUGAAGGUCCUCACAGAUGCAUUUCCUGAAAUUUCUAUGACGGUUGAUCUGACAAAUACUACUGCACUGCACACUGCUGUGUCACAAGGUCAUAUUGAGGUAGUAAAUUUUCUCUUGGAGAAAAGCAGCAGCGUCGUAACUAUAGCAAAAAGUAACGGAAAAACUGCAUUUCAUUCUGCUGCAAGAAAUGGCCAUGUGGAUGUCAUCAAGGCCCUGCUUAGCAGUGAACCUGAAAUCGCAAUGAGAAUUGAUAAGAAGGGGCAAACUGCACUCCAUAUGGCAGUUAAAGGACAAAAUCUGGAGGUAGUAGACGAGCUUUUGAAACUGAACCCGUCUUUUGCUAAUAUGGUGGAUGCCAAGGGAAACACCGCGCUGCAUAUAACAACCCGGAAGGGUCGUUUACAGAUUGUUCAGAAGCUACUAGAUUGCAAAGAAAUAGACACUGAUGUUAUUAAUAAAUCUGGAGAAACAGCUUUAGAUAUUGCUGAGAGAAAUGGUCGCUUGGACAUCGCCAAAUAUUUGCAGGAUCGUGGAGCUCAAAAUGCUAGGUCCGUAAGGUCUCCUUCUGCGAACAGAGCCCUUGAACUCAAACGAACUGUGAGUGACAUAAAAAGCGGGGUUCAUAACCAGCUGGAACACACGUUUAAAACACAGAGGCGUAUGAAGGGCAUAGCAAAGCGAAUUAACAAGAUGCAGGCUGAGGGGCUUAACAAUGCGAUAAACUCCAACACCAUAGUUGCUGUCCUCAUUGCAACAGUUGCUUUUGCUGCCAUAUUUACUGUCCCAGGCCAAUAUCCUCAGAACACGAAGCAACUCGCUCCUGGAAUGUCUCCUGGGGAAGCCAAUAUCGCUCCCAAUAUUGAGUUCUUGAUAUUUGUAAUCUUCGAUUCUACUGCCCUUUUCAUAUCAUUGGCUGUUGUGAUUGUCCAAACAUCAGUAGUUGUUAUUGAAAGGGAAGCAAAGAAACAAAUGACGGCGAUUAUAAAUAAGUUAAUGUGGAUAGCCUGUGUGUUAAUUUCUGUGGCAUUUCUCGCAAUGUCAUACAUAGUUGUCGGGGAUCAGAAAGAAUUGGCUAUUGCAGCCACAGCUCUUGGAACGGUGAUUAUGGCAGCUACUCUAGGAACACUCUGUUAUUGGGUGAUUGCUCACCGCCUCGAGUCCUCCAGAUUACGAAGUCUUAGAACAAUGACGAGCAGUAGGCAGUCAUUGACUAUGUCAGGGGUCUCAGCUUCCGAGAACGAGUACAAAGCAGUGUUCGCAUUAUAAAUUUGAUUUUAUCUUUACUUAAAACCCCCCCACAUUUUUUGUCAAAUUAUGCUAACAUAGAAGCAGGCAUUUGCUGAUUUAUAGCAUGCCUUUGGAAAACAGGCAAAGAAUGUAAUCAUAGUUCCAGAUGAUAAGUAAAUAUGUCAUUUUAUAUCGAAA